UCUAAACUCUCUUUGAAAAAAUGGCGAUGCUCUGAUACUUGAGAGAAGAAGAAAUAUUCCGAGUGGUUUUCAUCGCAAACAUACCCUAAUAGCCGACUGUAGUUCUUGUGUAUGAUUUUGAUCCAUAUGUAGUGAUAUUUUCUGAAGAUUUUCAAGCAGAGAAGGUGACUGGUUGUUCAAUCUGGUGUUUUCUUAAAAGAUAUCGUCACAAUGUACGCGACAUCAUGAGGAAAUAUGUGAAGAACCCAGUAAGAAGUUUUGGGGUUGAAGAAACUGAUACAAAUAAGGUUAGACUCUUUGAUAAUGUAAGUGUAUAUUCUGGUGGAUUGACUGGUUUUAGUGAUGUUGUUCAUGAUGCAUACCAGUUACCACCUAUUAAGAAGGUGAAUUUGACUUGGUUCAGUGAGACAGACCCAUUCUAUAUUGGUAAUGAUGAUGAAUUUUUUGAAAUGUGGGAUAAAGGAGUAGUUGAAGUUGAUGGGUAUAUUCAUCUGUACAUGAAUGUUACAAAUAUGAGGGUUCCUCUUAGUGAUGAAUUCCCUUCCAGAUCUUGUUUGUCAGUUUCAAAGAGUCUUUAUUCAACACCUGAGAAAGUGAAGAGUACAUCAAGGUUACACAUUGAAAGAGGUGCAACACCAGUGAAUCUUGACCCAGCUACUUUUUUAACGCCUAAGAAGAGGAUCUUGUAUAGUGAAUCUCCUGAGCUAUUAAGGAGAAAUCCUAGACUGUUGAAGAAGUCUAUUGGUGCAGUAAUAGGAAUUUUGGGUAAUGUCAGUGGUAAGAAGUUAUUUUUUAAUGUGGAUGAUGAUGAGGUUGUGGAUGCUGAAAUAUCAGAUGAAGUAAGACAGUUAGCGUUGGAGUAUGAAAACAUACAACUGGAAAAUAAUGAACCAUAUGUCUGUCAUCCCAUUGAUGAUUGUAGAAGUCCAGUGGCUGAUGAUGCAGAGUUGGGUAUUGCAGUGUAUACUGAUUUUGUGAACAACUACUUUGAUGGAAUGGACUAUUUUGAUUUCCUAUAUCCACAACUAUAUAGAAAAAAGGGAAAUGCAGAUGAAGCAUCAAAUGAUAAUAAUUGUGGUGUUACUGAGGAGUAUGACCCUAAAGGAAAAGCACCAAUAGUUGAUGUACCAUCUGAUGCUGACAUUAGUGAUACUUCUAGUGGCUCUGAUUCUGAAGAUGAUGAAGGGAUUUUAUCAGUUCAAGUGCUUGCAGAGGAUGAUGGUAAUGAAACGGUAUGGGUCAAUCAGUAUGAGAAAGUUUGGGGGGAACAUGUAGAAGCUGCUGAAAAGACUAACUGAAUUUGAUGAUCACACUGAUAAUACUGAGCAAUUUGUGGAUGUUGAUACCAUGUUUGUGGGGAUAGAGUUUAUGGAUAGCCAAGACUUUAAGAGGCACUUAAGGGAAUAUGCAAUGAAGGAAAAGUUCCAGUACAGGUUGAAGCCUAAUGAUAAGGAAAGGAUUAAAGUAAAUUGUAAGUAUAACAAGUCUCAGGGUUGUGAGUUUUUUAUAUAUGCAAGUGUUAGAUGUCAUGAACCUACCUUCAUAGUUAGAAAGUUCAACCUGGAGCAUACAUGUGUGACUUAAGGUUUAACAAGAAAUAGGACAACAAAUGUAGAAUUUGUAGCUCAGUUUUUGUAUGAUAAGUUGAAGAAUGGAGACCCAAUGCCAAAUCCUUUCAGUUUACAAGACCAAUUGCACACUACUCAUAAUACCAGUGUUCCAUAUCAUGUGGCUUGGAGAUCUAGAACAAAGAUACUAGAAAGAGUAAAUGGCAGUUAUGAAGAGUCUUACAGACUGGUUCCAACAUUUUGUGAUAUGGUAGAUAAAACCAACCCUGGGUCUAUGACAAACUAUACAUAUAGAAGUGUUGAUGGCUGCUCUGAGUCUAUGAAAAUUGCCUUUGCAGCACCACUGAAAGCAUUUCAUGCUGGUUGUAGAAAUGUGGUUGGGCUUGAUGCUUGUCACUUGACUGGAAAGCAUGGUGGGUGUCUGAUGGCUGCAACUGCUUUGGAUGCAGAGAAUAGGGUACUGCCAUUGGCUAUAAUGGUUACUAUAAAUGAAGUUGGUGAAAACUAGCACCUGUUUUUGAAAUGGUUGAAUCCCCAUAUAAUCAAUCACCCUAUAGGAAAGCUUACUUUCAUCUCAGACAUACAGAAAGGGUUGUUAGAAAGCAUUUCUGAAUUAUUUCCAGAUCAUAACCAAAAAUACUGUUUCAGACAUAUGUAUGCAAAUUUCAAGAAAUACCACAAAGGUACAAAGCUACAUGAACUAGUAUGCAAUGUUGCACUAUGUUACAAGGAAAGACAUUGGAAAGUCAACAUGGAUGAGCUUGCAAAGUUGUCUACAGCAGGAACAACAUACAUGAUGAGGGAACUUCCAAAACAGUGGUCUGGGGCAUUCUAUGACCAAUCCACAAGCUCUGAGCACACCAACAUCAACUUCUGUGAGUCCUUCAACAACAUGAUUGGCCAAUGAGAGACAAUCUCAUUUGUACUCUUGGAAUGAUGUAUGGUCAACUACUUAUGGGUAUGUUUUAUAAAAGAAAAGCUGAGGCUGAUAAGUUGGAACUUGGACAGUUGGUGCCUAGUGUUUUGAAGUUGAUCAAGAAGAUGCAGAAAUGCACAGGUCACUUGAGAGUUAAUGGAGAAGUUUAUGGCAGGUUAUAUGAGGUGAAGAACAUUGAAACCAAUAUUCUAUUUCAAGUUGAUAUUGUUGACAAAACUUGCAGUUGCAUUCAGUGGCAACUUAGAGGAAUUCCUUGCCUACAUGGUGUAUGUGUACUGAUGGACAUGAGAAUUAAUUGGGAUGAUUAUUGCAACAGCUGCCAUCUGGUUGAUGCCAUGAGAGCUACUUAUGCUCCUGAGAUGGGUUUAUUGCUAGGCAGAGAAGAAUGGGAUGAGCCAGAAGACAGUUUCAAAAUGAGACCUCCUAUUGACAUCAGAAAACCAGGAAGACCAUGUAAGAAGAGAAAGAGAGCUUAUGAUGAAGGUCACACAGAGAAUAAGGUUAGAAGUUGUACAAGAUGCAAGACAAUUGGGCACAACAAGAGAACAUGUGCUGGUGCACCUGUUAGAUCUAAUCCAUAAGGAAAGAGGCAGAGAACCAUGGUUCAAGGAGGAUAUCACUCCACUUCUUAUCCAUAUCCAACUGAACAUAGUACCAGUAGGAGAGGUAGUAUAUCUACAAGAGGAACAAGAGGAACAAGAGGGAGAGGAGCUGCUUCAUCUUCAUCUGCUGUUGCUGCAUCAUCUUCUCAACCUACACAUGUUGUUGCUGCAUCAUCAUCAAACACAACAGGUGGUAUAGGAUCCAGAGGAGGUAGAGGUUCAAGAGGUGGUAGAUGAAGGUAUGGCAGAGGACUGCAGGUGCAUCAAACACUGUCACAGAGUAUUGCAGGUGUUGGUGAUCUGACUCAAACACUUUCUCAGACUUUCACUGUUCCAAAACCUAAAGGAAAGAAGGUUACUGUUCCUGCUACUCAAUAAGUAAUGUUG